GAAGAGUCUUCAUAUCACCUUCUAGUAGCUCAAUUCGGUCUUUAAAAAGGGGCAGAAACCGUGAAAUUCAGAAAACUGAAAAGAAGAAAUUCUCACUUUGGAACUGUCUUUCUUCUUGACUACCCCUUAUCCCUGUCUUUCUACUUGUUUUAUUUUGCUCUGUAUUUAUAAAUAGUGAACACCAAAGAAAUAGAAGAUACAUUUGGGAGCUUUAUACCAAGAAAUUUGUCUUGAAAGCUGCUGUUCUAUAGGGGGGAAAAAUAUAUCAAGUUCCUGUCUGGAUUUUUUUUUUCUUUUAAACCAGAUUUCUUAUAUGUUUAGAUUUUUGAGAAUAAAACAGAUAUAAAUACCUAUUUUUAGCAACUGUGUAAGAAUGAGAUUUGUAUUUUAAGGGCUUUGUCAUGUGGAUGUUUUGCCACUGGAGUUGACUGCUCAGAAGAUUUUUUAUAGCACUUUAAAAUUAUAUUUUUGGGCUAUCACCUUGAUGACACCCCUUGCCCACAAAUGAGCCCACCUAUCUCUCUAGCUAUGACCUUGUUAUGAGCAGUGUUUGCAUUCACUGUGCAAAUGUCCAUGUAUUAUCUAUUUAAGCAGCAUCAUAGUGCCAUCACUCAAAGAAGUUGAAUGAGGUGAACAUAGACAUAGCUCUUUCCCCUUCCCCCCCUUUUUUUAAAUGUAACAAAUACCUUUUUAUGUCCCCCUUCCCCCUUCCCCUUCCCCUCCCCCAUCUGGGAAAGUGUCAGGAACUAGAUAGUUUAAGAUGAACAAUUGAGGGACUGAGAGAGUGGUCCACACAGAGUCUGGCUUCUUUGUGCUUCAUCACAAGGUGUGCUGCCGGCCAGGCUAGUUAAGCACCCUUUUACCAAAAGAACCUCGUGGAAGAUCCAGCUGGCAGACUCAAGGAGUUCGGGAAACAGGACCACAGAGGUUACACUCUGGGAUCCUGGCCAUGAGGUUGGAUGCCUCACCUUGCUAAAAAGAGACACUGGACCUAAAUGGCGCAGCAUGACUUUGUUCCUGCUUGGCUAAAUUUCUCAACACCACAGUCAGCUAAGUCACCUGCAGCUCCCUUUGAAAAACACGGGGAGCACCUGUCCCGAGGGGAAGGUAGAUUUGGAGUGAGCCGUCGUCGACAUAAUUCCUCUGAUGGCUUUUUUAACAAUGGACCCCUUCGAACUACAGGAGAUUCCUGGCAUCAGCCCUCCUUAUUCCGCCACGAUUCUGUGGACUCUGGUGUCUCUAAGGGAGGAGCAUACAGUGGAAUCACAGGGAACCUAUCUGGUUGGCAUGGCUCUUCCCGGGGUCAUGAUGGCAUGAGCCAGCGUAGCGGGGGUGGCACAGGGAACCAUCGCCACUGGAAUGGCAGCUUCCACUCCCGGAAAGGCUCUGCCUUUCAAGAAAAAUCACCUGCAGAGAUUAGGGAAGAAAAAAAAGAAGACAAGGCAGAAAAGUUGCAAUUUGAAGAGGAAGACUUUCCAUCUUUGAAUCCAGAAGCUGGGAAACAGAAUCAGCCAUGCAGACCUAUUGGGACCCCUUCUGGAGUGUGGGAAAACCCACCUAGUGCCAAGCAACCCUCCAAGAUGCUGGUCAUCAAAAAAGUUUCCAAAGAGGAUCCUGCUGCUGCCUUCUCUGCUGCAUUCACUUCACCAGGAUCUCACCAUGCAAAUGGGAGCAAAUCAUCAGCGAUGGUCCCAAGUGUCUACAAGAACCUAGUUCCGAAGCCUGCACCACCUCCUUCCAAGCCCAGUACAUGGAAAGCUAACAGAAUGGAACACAAAUCAGGAUCCCUUUCUUCUAGUCGGGAGUCUGCUUUUACCAGUCCAAUUUCUGUUACCAAAACAGUGGUUCUGGCUGGUGGCACAGUUCUAAGCUCUCCCAAAGAGAGUCCCUCCAGCACCACCCCUCCAAUUGAGAUCAGCUCCUCUCGUCUGACCAAGUUGACCCGCCGAACUACCGAUAGGAAGAGUGAGUUCCUGAAGACUCUGAAGGAUGACCGGAAUGGAGAUUUCACAGAGAACAGAGACUGUGACAAGCUGGAGGAUUUGGAGAACAACAGUACACCUGAACCAAAGGAAAAUGGAGAGGAAAACUGUCAUCAGAAUGGCCUUGCUCCCCCUGUAGUGGAGGAACGAGAGGUCCUCUCACACUCUCUGGAAGCUGAGCACAGGUUAUUGAAAGCAAUGGGAUGGCAGGAAUAUCCUGAAAAUGAUGAGAAUUGCCUUCCCCUCACAGAGGAUGAACUCAAAGAGUUCCACAUGAAGACAGAGCAGCUAAGAAGAAAUGGCUUUGGGAAGAAUGGCAUCUUACAGAGCCGCAGUUCCAGACUGUUCUCUCCUUGGAGAAGCACUCAUAAAGCAGAGUUUGAGGACUCAGACACAGAAACCAGUAGCAGUGAAACAUCAGAUGACGAUGCCUGGAAAUAGGCAUAUAAAUGCUCACAGUUAAAUCUGACCCAGUGAACUCCGCCUGAGUGUUAGGGAGUGUACAAAAGAAGUCGUUCUUUUCCUUAAGUUGUUGAAUCCUUCAUGCACAAGGGAAAUAAUCAUAUCCAAAGAGAGAGCGAUUGGCUUGUUCAGCUUUUGUUGUUGUUCUGCCCUGUUUUCUGCUUAAUAGAGAGGAGUUUUGUGGUGGGAAAGAUUUUUAAAUAUUUAGAGAGAGAGAUAUACACACACACAGUAUAUAUGGGGCGACGCACAGGUGGAAGCUGGCAGCGCAGAGGAGACACUGGCCUGCAGCAGCAGCUUCUGCUACCAGCCCCUGGGGCACUCACCCCUGUGCUCAAGCAAUCAUUGUCAAUGACAAAGUGACUAUUGAAGUUAUAAUUGUAUUAAAUUAAUGCUAAUAAUUUGGAUAUUUUAUUUUAUUUUUGGCUGCUCGGGUAACCUUAGCCCUUAACCAAGCAAAUGUGGUUUUUCUUUUUUUUUUUUCCUUUCCUCCUUUUUGGGUACAGCUGUAAAAUAUUUGGAUAUAGGAAAUGUGUUAUUCUUGCAGCCUUGAUAUUCAGGGUGGAUUGUAAAAUAUAAAUUUUUGUGAGAUUUCAAAGAUUAAGAUUAUUUUGAUAACAUUAUUUACAGAUUUAAAAGAUGUGGCUAUUACAAGUCUGUUAUGAGGGGGAAAACUGCAUAAAAUAACUAACUUGGAAUAAAUAUUUUGCAUCAGUUUGGAUUGUCUUGCGUAAGUAUUUCUUUAAAAUUGGAUGCAAUGCUUUCUUUUAUAGAGGAAACAGUUUGAGAGUCUGGAAGAAUCUGAAAUCAGGCACUCUUCUCCUUUUAGUAGAUUCUUUUUUGAUGCAGAAAAAUUUGUGCAAUAAAUUAUCAGCAAUAAA